CGGCCGCUGAGCGUGGCGUCCGCGCGUCCCCGCGUCCCCGCGUCCCGUGCCGCGUCCCCGGAGGAGGCGGGGGCCGCCGUCCGCCCAGCUCCCCGUGCGCCCGGAGCCUGCGCCGGGCGGCGCUCCCCGGGCUGGCCGCGAGUCCCCGACCGGGCUGCGAAAGACCCACCGACCGGAGGACUCUGGCUGCGCCGGCUGCGCGUCCCCGCCUUGGAACUUUUUGCCGCCUGCCUUGGGGUUCCAGAUGCGAGGCUUGGGGCUGGGGGACACGUACAUCUGUACACGUGUGUGAUCUAAUAAAACAUUUCCUCCUCUCCUUGAAGCCGCGGCUUUUUAUGACAGCUCCUGUAUGUCAGAGGCACUUGCCUUCUUCUUUGGGUUAUAAACUUUUGAUGCCAGAGCUCUGCAGAACGUGCCCAACUGAAUCUUAAAGUAGCGUCUCGAAGAGAGAGGCAGAGAAAGCGCAAUCUGUGACCUUCAUCCCCGCACCUUGCUACCUCCUCUCCCCUCCGGGCUGCCUCCCUCCUCCCCAGGGGAGCGUCAAGAAAGCGCUUUUUGGAUGCAGGAGGGCGCAUCUGGUUCUGCUAGGCUGGAAAGCAGAGGCAGGAUCUGAGGAAGAAUUCUUAGACUCCGGAGAGCCUGGACUCCUCUCUUCUCCUUCCCCCUGCUCCUGGCGAGCUCUGCCUCUUCCCUCCUCCCCGCACCGCUUCCUGAGCCGGCUGGUGCGCGGGGCGGGGGACCAGGACCGUGCGGCUGCCGGAGUUCUGGGAAGUUGUGGCUGUCGAGGAUGGGGGUCUGUGGGUACCUGUUCCUGCCCUGGAAGUGCCUCGUGGUCGUGUCUCUCAGGCUGCUGUUCCUUGUACCCACAGGAGUGCCCGUGCGCAGCGGAGAUGCCACCUUCCCCAAAGCUAUGGACAACGUGACGGUCCGGCAGGGGGAGAGCGCCACCCUCAGGUGCACCAUAGAUGACCGGGUAACCCGGGUGGCCUGGUUAAACCGCAGCACCAUCCUCUACGCUGGGAAUGACAAGUGGUCCAUAGACCCUCGUGUGAUCAUCCUGGUCAAUACACCAACCCAGUACAGCAUCAUGAUCCAAAACGUGGAUGUGUAUGAUGAAGGUCCGUACACCUGCUCUGUGCAGACAGACAAUCAUCCCAAAACAUCCCGGGUUCACCUCAUAGUGCAAGUUCCUCCUCAGAUCAUGAAUAUCUCCUCAGACGUCACUGUGAAUGAGGGAAGCAGUGUGACCCUGCUGUGUCUUGCUAUUGGCAGACCAGAGCCAACUGUGACGUGGAGACACCUGUCAGUCAAGGAAGGCCAGGGCUUUGUAAGUGAGGAUGAGUACCUGGAGAUCUCUGACAUCAAGCGAGACCAGUCUGGGGAGUACGAAUGCAGCGCGUUGAACGAUGUCGCUGCGCCCGAUGUGCGGAAAGUAAAAAUCACUGUAAACUAUCCUCCCUAUAUCUCAAAAGCCAAGAACACUGGUGUUUCCGUCGGUCAGAAGGGCAUCCUGAGCUGUGAAGCCUCUGCAGUCCCCAUGGCUGAAUUCCAGUGGUUCAAGGAAGAUACCAGGUUAGCCACUGGACUGGAUGGAGUGAGGAUUGAGAACAAAGGCCGCAUGUCCACUCUGACUUUCUUCAAUGUUUCAGAAAAGGAUUAUGGGAACUAUACUUGUGUGGCCACAAACAAGCUUGGGAACACCAAUGCCAGCAUCACAUUGUAUGAAAUAAGCCCCUCAUCAGCAGUGGCAGGGCCUGGAGCAGUCAUUGAUGGUGUAAACUCGGCCUCCAGAGCACUGGCUUGUCUCUGGCUAUCAGGGACCCUCUUAGCCCACUUCUUCAUCAAGUUUUGAUAAGAAAUCCUAGGUCCUCUGAGCAACACCUGCUUCUCCAUAUCACAGACUUUAAUCUACACUGCGGAGAGCAAACCAGCUUGGGCUUCUUUUUGUUGUUUGUUUUCUUCUGUUCUUCUUCUAGAUUUGUUUUCUUCCUGUUUUUGUUCAUUUGUUUGUUUGUUUGUUUGCUUUUAUUUCCAGCUUGAAUGAGUGGGGUUGGGGGCGGGGUGGGCAGGGUUCUACCACAUGUAGGAUAAUCAUUCAUUGGUGUGUCCAAAAAUGGGGUCUGCUCCUGCUACCUUGACCCUUCCCUUUCCUCUGCUUCUCUCCUCCUCGUCAUCCCCACCAACAUCCCCUGCCACACACACCAAAACGUAAGUUUCAUUUGGGCAAAAAUUGAGCCUCACAAUAAACACCCUGAAGACACAACUUGACUCAUAACAUAGUGCACAGCAAGAGCUACAUCCAAGUGUCCUAUUAUCUACGAUUAUUUUCCUAAUGACAAUGUACAUAUCCCCCCAUCCAUGUUAAUUAUUAUCUAAUUCCAUUAGGGUUCACAUCUUUUCUUUCUGGGACACUGUCCUACUAUGUCCAUAUCUAUAUAUUUCAAUACAGAUGAUUGUGCCAUCUUCUGUAGCCCCUCUACCCUACUCAUUUCUUCCACCAUCUGCAGGGAUUUGAAGUUUGGGGCUAUGCUUGCAACCUAACACUAAAUUUUGCAAGUCAAGUGACCAAAAAAGGGGGAGGCAUUUUGAAGAUAGUACUUCUCUUUUAAAAAGAGAAGUUCAGCUCAUAAAAGUGAUUGAUAGGUGGCUGAUUUAUUUAGGUUUUAUCAAGCUGUCUAUCAAAGUAAUCAUACAGUUACCCAUCUACUCAAAUGUCUGAUUUAUCUCACCAUCCAAUUACCUACCCACUUGUCUUCCUCUCUAGCAAUCUAUUUACUGUUUAUCAAUAUAUCAAUGUAAUUGUCUAACACUCCUUUCUAUUUCUCUCCCUACUACUCACUAUCAAUUCAUCCCCAUAUUAAUCUCUAAUCAUAUCGUAUCUCUCCCACUGUAUUCAUGUAUACACCAUCAGCAGACAUUAGCAUCUUCAAAAUUAUCUAUCAACUUCUGUGAAAGCCAGCGAUCUCACAGGCUAACAACAUAAAAAAGCAAUACCCUGUGUUGUGGACUCUUUAAAAUCUGGUAUCCUAUCCACCCAGAGGAGACACUAACAGAUGGGCCGAGUAGCAAGCUGAUGGUCAGUCACUCACUAUUCCCGGGAGAGCCUGUUCUCUAAAACAUCUUCUUGGGAAGCAGAUCAGCCUAGAAAAGUCUUGAUUCGCACUGUGGUUUUCCUUUUGCACUUGAAGGACAAAGGUGCCAGCCUUUAUGCUUCUCUCAACCCUUCAAGAAAGUGCGUGUCAGGAACCUAUGGCUGGCUUUCCUUCACAGCAAGAACAUGAGAGAAAAAAACCACAUGUGUCUCUGCAAUGCAAAGUGAAGAGUCCACCCGCCUGGGUGGGAUGACUGCGGCUGGAGUCUCCUUUCUGCUCCAGUUCUGGUUUAAUCUGUUUGAAAACUAUCCAGUAAAAAGCUGAUGGAGGCCAAUUACAUGGCGGGUGUAUUGACAACUCUGGUAUUUGUUUCAGGAAGCUCUUCUAUGCUGAGGGCACUUGAGCAACUGACUUAAUUUUCAAGCACUUGAUUAACACAACACUGCAAACAGAAGGGAGAAAGUGUCAGUGACACAGUUUCCUCGGAUGCAGGCUGCUUCUCCAGUGGCUUUGGGGAAGAACUUCACCAGCUCUUCAGGUUCAAAGCAGACCCAGCAUACAAACAAGAGCUGACCCACCUUUGCUGCCUUGUCUCCUGGGACAAGAAGGACUCAUCCAGCAAGGUUGCCUGGGAUUCCAAAUAAAGGCAUUGCAGACCGCACAGGUGUGCUGCAGGGACUGACCCCCAGAGAGGAUGAGAAUGCAGCAUCAAUCGCAGACCUGCCCUGCCUCAGUUGGAAAACCUUUUCAGGUCCUCAGUCUAAAAAAUAAAAAAUAUGAGCACCAUAGAAUUCUGUGCCCUUAAUGCUUAACUGGUCUUCUUCCUCCAGUAUCAGUGCCCUCUUUGCUUUUGUCCAUCAAGGCACAUGAGUGUGACCUCUGCCAUGGGGAAACAUACACAGCGAUAGCUAUACAUAUAUACAUACAUACAUAGGCGAUCUUGGCACACUAAAUGCUAAGCACUGUCUUAAGAGGUAGAGCUGGUGUGAGUGAAAUUAAUGUUACAUUUUCCAGCUGUAAACAGACAUCUGCAUUUCCUAGUGAGCUGCCAGGAGCCAGAUUCGGGAACCAUAAAUGAUGUGCCAGGAGUGGCGCAUUGAUUCCCAGUUCCAGGGAUGAUCAUGAACAGGCACAAAAUCAGAAUUAAAGGUUGCACAUAGACGUUUCAGAUCUGUCACCACCUUCAGCAUCUGGAGUUGAGUUGGUGUCAGAUAGUGUAUGAGAAUCAAAUGUGUCAUCUGAGCAUGCUACUGAUAAUAAAUUUGUUACUUUGGAGUGGAAUAAAUGUGAAGGCUGUGAAGAGUGGAAAGUCUUGGAGAACAUAGUACUUGAAAUGGACAAGCUGGACCUAUUCCUCACUCCAAGACUUGUUCUACAGGAAACGGUCCAUGCUCUUUUGGCCAAGAUCAUCAGAACCUCUCAACCCAAAAAGGCUGGCUCCAGGGUCACUAUGGAACCCUACUGUUCCCCCUCCCACAGGAUACUAAGAUGCCCCUCUAGUUGGUACCUAUCCCAGCCACGUUUCAGAGGGAGAAAAAUGCUACAGUCAAUCCUCAUCUGUCUGGGGUAAAGACAACAAAGUAAAUACAACCCAAGGCAACUGGGGUACUCACUGGGAGUGAAAAUGACUUCUUCACAACAGACAUAUUUCUGCUUCUGUGUUUUUGUGUUUCUUUAGUGGGGAUGGCUUCAUGGGACAGUGGCUGCCAUCCAUCAUUUUGAAGCAUAUAGAACAACAAAUGCUUACAUAAGAUAAUAUCCACACUUUUCCAACUUCACAUAUGGAGAGUACAUGGAGAAGGCCUACAGGCUAGAUUUGUUCAGGGUGCCAGUAGUGGGCAUGGGGUGGGGGCAAGGCAGGACAAAACAUACAAGUCUGAGCAAGUAUAUCUCUUGCAGGUUUUCCACAUGAAAAGGAAGCCAAAUGAGGCUUGUUAGGAGAUUAGGUGAGAGGAAUUAGCAAUGUAGGAACUCUGAAACCCUUCCCCUUCCCAAAACAGAGUUCAUAUGCACUUCCACCAAAGUAAUGCCAAUGAAAGUGCUUGUGUUAAGGCUCCGGCCAAGCUUGUUUUUCAGUAGUUUAAUGUCAAGUGCCUGAUACAGUCAACUGCAAGUCUAAACAAGCGUGUUUAGUUUUUUCUCGUUCUUGCUUUAAUUCGGGGAGGGGGGAGAUGUAGAGAAGUGGUUGUGAAAACAUACACAGGUUUUAUGCAGAGUACUGCACAUGACUGUUCUGCUGCAAUUGUGCUCCACCGAACAGAAGAAAAGGUAAGGUUUUCUGUCACAAAGAGGCCCAAGCCUCUUUCUUCUUACAUCCAUGCUUCUUACUAGAUGAUACAUUUCACAGAUUGGGCAGUUUGUUCUCAAAACCUGGGUGAGAAGAAUAUUUUGGGACUCUAGCAACUUCAAAACUGAGGGUGGGUUUCAGGAUCUGUUUCUGCAUCAAUUCACUCAAUUUGCCUUCAACAAAGAGGAGUCAGCAAGUUCUAUUUAUGCUGAGAGAACCAUCCCGUGAGAAAAGCAGAGAACCCCAAAGUGGGCAGGCAACCCCGACGAGAGCUUAUCCCUGUGGCUGCAUCAGGAGUGGCUGUACAUUGAAUAUUCAAGUGUUGGUUGGCUGUCGCCAGCCCAUAGUAGAAGGAGGGGAGGAGUGGCUUAAGAUGAGGUAAGAUCUGGUGGUGGGGCAUCCUUCCUGAAUUUCAUACUGACUUUGAUUUUGAGAAAGAAAAACUGGCUAUGCAUUACCUAAAACCAGCCCGAAAUGAAACAGACCAAUACACACACGAAAGCAAAUGUUAAUCCCUUUGGAAUUAAGGGAAGCAGCAUAAGGUUUUUCUUUUUGGAAAAAUGCAUUUAUUUUCUUUCUCUCCAACAGCAAGAAUCUUUUGUUUUCAUUUUGCACAUGACCUUAUCCUGGAAACUCUCAUACCCAAUUGCCUCCCCUCCUAUUAUUCAGAGCUUCCCUGUCUUUUUACUUGAAGACAAAUAAGUUUGAGCACUUGAGUAAAACUUCACAGGUGUGUAGUAGGAAGGCAACAUUUUCAAAAAGAGACCCUAUGAGGAGAAUGCCUAAUGAUCACCAAAUGCAAACAAAUAAAAAUGCCAGUCUCAUUUCCCACAUUUCUUACUUAAGAGAAGUAAAUGAAAGGAAGAAGAAAUAGAUUUGUAAUUAAAGAUGUGGCAACAAAGAUAGAGCUGAGCUAGUUCAAUUUAGCCUUCAGGUGCAGAAUACUUAGAGUCCAAAGAAAUGUUGAGUGGACUUCAUUAGACGCAAUUGUCUUUACCCUGAAAGUAGUCAGCUAAGCCUAAUUUCCAGCAUUUUGAAAGAGAUUUCUUUUUGUUUCUUUCAAUGGUGCCCUUUUAAAGGCACAGAGUUGCUCCACACCACUGGGUGGAGAAAGAAAGAUUGCGAACCCUCGACCAUCCUUUUGAGGCUACGUUCUACGUUAUUUGGCAGAUUUAUAAAGCUAUCAAUAAUAACAAUGCUAUAUAAUACAAACUGCCCUUGUGUUAGUUAAAGGGAGCAUUUUUAAUCAUUCAGAAAUUUUCGUGACAUGUAAAGUGCAGUUGUGAGGAAUGUGUGGGUGUACGAAAAUGUAUCUGUCAAGUUCAGAGUCCUUUAGAUUUAAAAAAAAAUUAUGACUUAUCAAUGGUGCCGUUAUAGCUGUGUCAGACAAUGGGUGUGCCCAUUCUCACAAUUAUCCUUCAAAAAAAUCUAUGUUCAAAUGCUUUAAAAAUUUAUCACAUGAUACAAGAGUAUGACUUUGUCAGCCUUCUAGAGUUCUUUUUUCUUUUAUUUUCUUUCUUAUCUUUUCCUUCAAAAAAUCAAUGAAGACUUGAUUUCUGUCAAUAAUUGUAUUAAGGGUGAAUAUACUACCUGAAUUUUGUGCAUGUUGCAUUGUAGUUGUAACCUUUUCUAAUUCAGGAUGAAUACGAGAUGGUUGUGAUUGUGCAGUGUAUCAAUAAAGUUCGAGAAAUUUGUAACUUU